GCUCUUCGACACUAGUCCCUGUACAUGUUAUUGUCUUGCUUGUAUUGUCUGCGCUUCAGCUUGUGCCACUUCAGUUUCGACGCAACUGCGACACGUGUCCAUUCCAAUUUUUCAAACUGCACUCCACGGUCAUAUAAAGCACUCCAAAGUGCUCAAACUAGACCAUCAAAUUUCUCCGUCUUCCUUCAGUGACAAAGUCUCUCGUGACCAGACCAUAUAGAACGAAGAUAGCCUUUCCUUCUGUAUUAUGUCGGUGUCACGAUUCGCGCCAAUACGCUCGAUGGAAUGCCUUCAAUGUCACAAAGUUAUGCCGAGAUGGGAAUUACCCCAUCAUAUUCGAGAGAAGCACGUUUUUAUAAGUGAUUCCCGGGCGCUGCGUGCCAGGAACUUUGGCCACCGUGAUGAUCCGCACCGACCCCCAGCUUCUCCAUCGCCCAAAGUCAACUUGACAAGCAUUCCUUCUGAAUCGAGCAAUACACUGAGCACAGAAUCCGAUCUUUCACUGAGUACGAUUCCAACUACACAGUUUUCUGUUUGGCAGCAGCACAAUCCUGUUCGGCCUCCCGCACCAACGACCAUUGACGACAUUGCGCUAUCCCGUAACCACCGAACGGACUCUCCCCAGACCUCUACACAGCAUCUCCGAAAUUCAGUGAGGUUUCAGGUCCAGGAUUUGGUGGAUGAAUUUGAGGGCUUGGAUGCAGCAGCGAGACAGGUAUGCAUCAAAGGGGUGCGGUGCAUGCCCAUUUUUCCGACUCUGUACGCGCAUGUGUUUACGCACCUUAAUCUUUGUGCCCCCGACAAGCCGAACCUGCUAAUUGACCUGGAGAAUAUGAGAAGAGAGUGGACAUCACGGGACAAGAUGUGGUGUCUUGUAAAUUUCAAGGCCAUCAAGGACGCGUUGUCUGGACUAAUGAGCCAGGCUCAAGUGAAGUUGCACAUCUGUAACCGAUCUCUUAUCAGCCAGUCCAGACUACACGCGCUAGACAUUCAAGACAUUGGAGCUUUGAUUGCUAGUUGUUCAACCGACUCACACGCUACUUCUCAGCUAGUUACGCUCAAAGACGAUAAUGCCCAGUUCAUGCUGGACUUACUGCAGACGUUACUCGUAAUGAAGUCAGACCAGUUAGAAGAAUGGUACAAAUGUCGGUUCUUGGAUACUAUCAUCCGACUGUCGAGGAGGUCAGGCCAUUUCCCUCAGAGCCUGCAGCUUCGUCGAAUCGAAAACCUGGAGCCAACCAGCCUCCGUGGUGGGUCUGGAGUGAUUUCUAAAGGUGAACUCCUUGGUCGUUUGGUAGCCGUGAAAGAGAUUCAGGCUGUCGGCCGCACCACCGAGCAGUUUCUGAAGGAUUUCUCGAAUGAGGCAGUCGUUUGGUGCCACAUCCAGCAUGACUGCUGCCUGCCAUUCUACGGCGUAUUCCAUCUUAAUGAUGGUGCACCUAAGACCUGUCUGGUAUCUCCUUGGAUGAAGAAUGGGCAUUUGAACGCGUAUUUACAACGAACUGAUGCCGAUCGUGCACCUCUGAUAUUGGAUAUCGCGCGAGGUCUCGAAUACCUCCAUGGGGUGCAACCUACAAUUGUGCAUGGUGACUUGAAAGGGGCCAACAUUCUGGUUUCCUCCUCCGGACGUGCGUGUUUGGCCGACUUCGGCCUUGCAACCACGCAAGACUCUCAAGCACAGCUCCAGACCAACAUAAUCUCUGUUGCGGGAACCCCCUCUUUCAUGGCACCUGAACUUUUGGAGGCACGUGCAAAUCCACGUCUGUUAUCAGCCCUGGAUAGACGCCCAUGUGAUAUUUUCGCAUUUGGCUGCAUAUGUUACGAGAUGUAUGAUGGAUUACGUCCAUUCUGGGACUUAUCCCCACAGGCAGUGGAUACCAAUUUCAUGAAGGGAAGCCGUCCCUCACGUCCUACGAAUAACGUGUGCCUUCAACGAGGAUUGGACGACGAUAUGUGGGAUUUCAUCCAGAAUUUGUGGCACCAGGAUCCAAAGCUUCGAGCUACUGCUAGCCAAGCCUCUUUGUGGAUGUCGCACAAGAUGCAUAUGGCAGGCAAAAGCACCGACAGGCCACCCGCGGAGAUGGAGUGGGACCUCGACUUUCUGACGGAAUGCAUCGCAGAGUUGACUGAUUUUGACCCUCUUUCUCUUUCAUAAGUAGCACCACAAGUUCAUACCGAUGCUGAUCUCGCUCUCUGACGUUGAAUCAAGUAUACGAAACCUUCUAUCGCAUGCCAUACCCGACGUUGAAGCAUCAUGCACAUACCUCACUACAGCGGUAGUGACAAACCUUUUAGUACAUCUCUUCACUUAUCUUGUAAUCUAUCCAUGCGCCAGCCGCUUCUUGGCUCUAAAGGUCAUUGAUCUCAUAUUUUCAC